UCUCAUUUAUAAAUAUUGCUCCACCGGUUUUUUUCCCUCAAAUUUGGCAACUGCCAACAAGAACCCUAACCGCGAAGUAAGAGAGGAGAAGAAGGUCCCGAGGAAACCCUAGUGGUUGAAGAUGGUUGCUGGAGCGGAAGUUAUUCAUCAUAGCAUACCCGUGUUAGAUGUGCAGUAUCGCUGCAUCUCGAAGGAGAUCGAGGAGAUUGCGGAGUUAUCGGCGACGGUGGUGGCGCCGGCGGCUUCUCCUCCUAUGUGUCGGCAGGCGUCUUGGGUAUCUGGAACGGUGCCGAUUGAGGUCGUGGUUGCUUCUGAGCUGGAUUUGAGAACAUCCGAUGCCACUCCAAAUGAUGCAGAACCUAUAAUCUUCCAAUUCAUUCCCAGCAUCAGGUCAGGAAGUUUUUCUGAUAUUGGACCUCGGAAAGACAUGGAAGAUGAGCAUAUACGCAUAGAUGAUUUGUCUGCUCAUCUUGGUUCUAUAUUUACUUGCCCUUCACCAAGUGCCUUCUAUGGGAUUUUUGAUGGUCAUGGAGGCCCAGAUGCUGCAGCCUACAUCAAAAGACAUGCAAUUAGAUUAUUCUUUGAAGACGCUGAGUUCCCGCAGGCAUCAGAAGCCAAUAAUGUCUUCAUAGAAUCAGUAGAGAACUCAGUGCGGAAAGCAUUCCUUCUUGCCGACCUCGCUUUAGCUGAUGACUGCACUGUUAGUUCUUCCUCUGGAACAACAGCACUUGCCGCAUUGAUCUUUGGAAGGCUUCUAUUAGUCGCGAAUGCAGGGGAUUGUCGGGCUGUUCUGUGCCGGAAGGGUAAAGCAGUAGAUAUGUCACAAGAUCACAGACCCAUUCAUGCAGCUGAAAGGCAAAGGGUAGAGGAGUGUGGUGGGUAUAUCGAUGAUGGGUAUCUCAACGGGGUGCUCUCAGUGUCCCGAGCUCUCGGAGACUGGGACAUUAAGCUUCCUAUAGGCUCACCAUCACCCUUGAUUGCUGAACCUGAGUUUAUGCAAGUGAUGCUGAUGGAAGAUGACGAGUUUCUAAUCAUCGGCUGCGAUGGCAUAUGGGAUGUGAUGUCCAGCCAACAUGCCGUGAAUUUAGUCAGGAGGGAACUCCGGCGGCACGAUGAUCCGGAGCGGUGUGCGAGGGAGCUGGUCCUGGAAGCACUGAGGCUCAAGACCUUCGAUAAUCUGACCGUUAUCGUUGUUCGUCUCUCCCCCGAACAUUGGGAUUCUGCUGCUCCACCGGAGCAGCAGCAGCACCACCAGCAGAGAUCGCAGAUGGUUCCCAGAUUGAGGAGUUGUAGCUUGUCAACUGAGGCACUUUACAAUCUAAGGAGUUGGCUGGAAAGGUGAGGGAGUGGACGUUUUAUAAGAGAGAUGAUGAGAAUGUCAUUGAAUUUCAGUCAAAGUUUUUUUCUUUUUUUCCUUUAUUUUCUGUACUUUCUUCAUUUGAGCUGUAUCUGUAGGAUUCAUGUGAUUGGUGCAGCCAACAUUUUUGUAGGGGUUUUGUUAUGCUUUCUUUUCUUCUUAUGAUUGUUGGUGGGAUGAUAUUUGUGUAUAUAAAUGUCAUAGUAGGAGAGGCUUUAUUGGA